UUGCCAGGGGACCUGCCUCCUUUCACCAUGUCCAUACUCUCAUUUGGACCAUUCUCACCUGACCUGGGACCCAGCAGCUCGGAAGAAGAGCCAACUCCUGGGACGAGGCUUCUCCUUCCCCCAUCCCCACCUAUCCUGUCCAGGUCUGCCUAGAAGGGGGCAGAGGCAGGUGGUCCCCAGAUGUGCCCCUUAGUUCCCUGGGGCACCCCUUUCACGCUGAGUCACGUCCCCAGAACGCUCCCUGGUAAACAAGCCCCUGGGGUUUGGCGGCGAGGGGCGGGGAUGGUGAGGGCACGCCACCUCAUCCUAUCAACUAUUCUCCACCCCCACCCCCAGUCCUUGUAUCUCCCCUGGCAGCAACUACAGCGGUCCCAGGCCGCUGUGACACCAUAUACCAGGGCUUUGCCGAGUGUCUCAUCCGCUUGGGGGACGGCAUGGGCCGCGGAGGUGAGCUGGAGAGCGUCUGCAGGUCUUGGAAUGAUUUCCACACCUGUGCCUCGCGAGUCCUGUUGGGCUGCCCUGAGGAGGCCGCCGCCGUGUGGGAGUCACUACAGCAAGAAGCUCGCCGGGCCCCACACCCAGAUAAUUUGCACACUCUGUGCGGCACCCCUGUACGCCUUCAGGAGCACGGGGCGGGCCCAGAGACCAACCAGGAGACGCUGCGGGCGACAGCGCCAGCACCCACUCGGGUCCCCGAGCCCCCUCUGCUGGCGGCUGCUUUGGCACUCGCCUGCCUCCUGGGUCCUCUGGCCUAG